UUGCUUCACGCACGGGAAACCAUUCAUCUUUGCAGAUGACCUAAAAGUAGCUUAUACAUUCCAAAGUGAUGACUUAGGGAACUUCGAGAAUGUAGUGCAGAAGGAAUUAGAUAAAAUGACUGCUUGGUCGUCCCUAUGGAAUCUCCAAUUCAAUCUGAAAAAAUGUGGCUGGAUCUGCUUCGGUGCACCCUCAAUUGACCUGAAAUUAACGCUUCAAUCCGCUAACCUAACCAGACUCCGAAGUGUCGUUGACCUAGGCCUGAGGUACUCUAGUGACUUGACAUUCUCUGAGCAAGUAGCAUCACAGACUAGAAAAUCGAGGAUGCUCUUAGGAUGCAUACUCAGGAACUUUCACGACAAUGAAGCCAAGCUAAUUCUGUACAAAACAUGUGUCAGACCACUACUAGAAUACUGUCCAUUUAUUAUAAGCAGCACUCGCACACGUGAUAAGCUAAGGAUGGAAAGUAUCCAACGAUAUUUUACCUCAAAACUACUUGGCUACGAUUGUAAGAAAGACUACAUCUCACGGUGCAUGAUCCUAAAACUUGACCCACUUUGGACAAGGCGACUUAUUAUAAACCUAAUAUUCUUCUUUAAGGUCCUUCACAAAAUAUCAUUCUCAGGUAACAGGGACAUACAAUUCGCACAGGAAGGUUCUUACGAUCUGCGUAACCAAACUUCCACAGUGACAACUCAUUCUUUUAAGUCAACACUCCGUGAAAACUUCUUCACAGUCAUGUAUUCUAAAAUAUGGAAUAGCCUGCCCAUAGAUAUCAGAACUUGCUCUUCGGUUACAAGCUUCAAACGCUCUCUAUACAGACUGUUUCACUCUACUGAUUAUAUUAAUAAACUAUUUACUCCUAGAACGAAUCAAUCACUAAUCUACUACAGCACCUAAAAAACGCACUUCAACACCCUUAGCAAUCUAAACAAUAUAAAUAAACUAGCAGCAUGGAUGCAUAAAGACUUAGUACGGAACAUACAGGAUAGUUUACCCUUAGAAAUAGGAC